AUGCCUCCCAUCAGUAUAUCGAAGGCGCACACAGCCUCCAACACAAACGAAUCCUUCACCCAAAUGGCCGACGAAGACCUAGAAUCCAUCGGCCGCCACUGCCAAUUCGAAUACUGCGGCCAGCUCGACUUCCUCCCCUUCCGGUGCGAGUCCUGCCACAGCACAUUCUGCCUCGACCACCGCAGCGAAACAGCACACAAAUGCGCGCGCGCCGGAGAAUGGGCCCGCCGCCGUAGCGGCGCAAGAUCAUCAUCAACAGCCAACACCAAAGAGAACCGCAGCGCGCCCGAGAAACCCAACAUAUACAACUCAGAGCAAUGCGCCCAUCUGGAAUGCAAAACCCUGAUCCACACCCUCAAAGACCCGGGCGUGCGCUGCCCCGACUGCAACCGCCAGUACUGUCUCAAGCACCGGCUGCGCGAGGAACACGACUGCGCCAAGAUUACCCCGCUGGGUGCACGCCGCCCAGGCAGCAAUACUAACAUCGGCGCCGGCGCCAACGACACGCUCAAGGGUAUGUUUGCGCGCGUGCGCUCCUGGGGCCGCGAUAAGCAGCAGCAAGCCGCCAGCGGUACCCUCCUCCCCAAACCCAAACCCGCCGCCAACAGCCCCGCUGCCCGUGCUGCGCGCGUCAAUACACUUAAACGCUCGGCCAAGGGCGAGGCCUCUGUCCCGACGGAUAAGCGGCUGUAUUUGCGUACUGUCGGCACGGCGGAUACGCAGGCGGCGGAUACGCCGGCGGGCGACUUUUACUUUGACUCGAGGUGGAAGGUUGGGCGGGUGCUUGAUGAUGCGGCGCGCAGGCUGCAUGUUGAGAAUGUCAAUAAUCGUGGUGGUGGGGAGGAUGCUCGCUUACGAGUGUUUCAUGUCGAGUCGGGGGAUUUCUUGGAGUUCUCCGAAGCGAUUGGAGCUGGCAAGGUGAGGCAGGGUGACACGAUUGUGUUGCUUCGUGGGGCUGGGGCUGUUCUGGGGAAGUCAUGA